AUUAGCGUCGCCUUCAUUAAAUACAUACAACCCCACCCAAGGAACAAGGAACAAGACACUAAAACAACCUACCAAGCUUCUACCACCGUAUAUGGGAUUAGAAACUGGAACCAACACGGCGGCUGCCGGUCAUCAACAUGACACGCCUCCACCACCGGAGUCAACAAACCACCACCACCACUUCUUCCUCCCUCUUCCCUCUAAUUUCCUCCUUCAAACUCCAAAAUUGGUGAUCAUCUUUGCUUUGGUGGCAUUUUCGUGCUUGCUUCUUUAUCAAUCUUCUCCUUCUCUACGGUUUCCAUUCAACUAUAAUUCGUUUGGGAUCAAUUCAUCAGAGAACAAAGCAGAUGAAUUGAAAAGCAUACUCAAAAGAGCUGCAACAAGUAACAAUACGAUAAUACUAACUACUCUAAACGAUGCAUGGGUGGAACCAAACUCUAUGUUUGAUCUAUUUCUAGAAAGCUUUAAAAUCGGAAAUCAAACACAAAGGUUUUUGAAGCACUUAGUCGUUAUAGCUAUGGACCAAAAAGCAUACACUCGUUGCUUGAAGUUGCACCCACAUUGUUACAAUCUUAGUACCGAAGGGAUGGAUUUUUCAGAAGAGGCAUAUUUUAUGGCAGCCGAUUAUCUGAAAAUGAUGUGGAGAAGAAUCGACUUCUUACGUAGUAUUCUAGAUUUAGGCUACAACUUUCUUUUCACGGACGCAGACAUAAUGUGGUUUAGGGAUCCAUUUCCACACUUCCAUGAAGAUGGUGAUUUCCAAAUUGCUUGUGAUUACUUCAGAGGGAACCCAUUUGAUCUAAACAAUUUGCCAAAUGGAGGUUUCACUUAUGUAAAGUCAAACAAAAAGACUAUUCAAUUUUACAAAUAUUGGUUCGAAUCAAGGUUGACUUAUCCAGGUCUACAUGAUCAAGAUGUGUUCAAUAAGAUCAAGUUUGACCCUUUCAUUCAAGACAAUGGGCUACAAAUCCGGUUUCUUGAUACAAUGUUUUUCGGUGGAUUUUGUGAGCCGAGUAAAGAUUUUGACAAGGUGUGCACCAUGCAUGCGAAUUGUUGUGUUGGGUUAGAGAACAAGGUUCAUGAUCUUGGAAUCAUGCUUCAAGAUUGGCGAAAAUACAUGCAAUCGUUCGUGAAUCAAACGACCAAGGUUCACACCGUUUCUUGGACGGUUCCUCAAUCCUGCAGAGGCUCGUUCAAUAGGCCUCGUGUUGCCAAGAAAAAAGAUCAUCAUGGAAGUAAGAGUUGAUCGGGGGCAAACAAAACGGUGAACAUCUUAGUAGGAAAAAAAACAUAACUGAUUAUUGUCAUAUAUAAUUCUUGAGAAAACUAAAUGUAUGUAAACAUGACAUAAUAUUGCAAUCUUUGUACAAAAUAUAAAACGAUGUCGUUUUAUA